GUGAAGAUCCCCUUUGCGCCGACCUUCUUGCCGGUCUACCAUUGUUUGUGUGGGCUGCUCCCCACUCGGAGGAGCUAGUCGCCUGUGUUGCUGUCUCAGAGUUGUUGCCUGUGUGCGCUAGGGACACAGUGUCGAUCAUGUUGUCUCCCGCGGACGUGCCAUAGAUCUAGAUCAGGCUUAUGUCGACCACACGGGUCGCUGGAACAAUCAUUCCAAAUAACACUCUUUGAGCCGUCCGAGGGAAAAUGACGAGCUGUAGAUCUUCAGCAGGAAGACAUAUAUGCUGACAACGAACGCCAAGUCGACCAUUACACCGCCUUCCUAGUGCUCGUUAUUGGAUCAUCCCUGGAGAGACGCGCAGUCCGGACGGCACGAUCUGCCUGAUCGCGACAAAUGUGUAAAGACGCAGGAUGACUAGAUCUACGGAGGUUCUCACGCAGACUGAAGAGGAUCUCAUCAUGUAUACAGAAUACACACAUGAUUUUAGGCUAAAUGAAUAG